CCAACCAUCAUCACACGCGUCGCAAUAUGACUGGACAAGGGUUCCACCGCUCUUGCUAUAAAAUGCCACAACCUCUCCUCAUUUCUUCGCAAUUCAUUUUCAAUCAAAUUAGGUCAAUCCCUUGCGCAGUUCCCUAUCUCUCUUCAAGAUGCAAAUCUUCGUUAAGACCCUCACCGGCAAGACCAUCACCCUCGAGGUGGAAAGCUCUGACACCAUUGACAACGUCAAGGCUAAGAUCCAGGACAAGGAAGGAAUUCCCCCGGACCAGCAACGUCUCAUCUUCGCCGGAAAGCAGCUCGAGGACGGACGCACCCUCGCUGACUACAACAUCCAGAAGGAAUCAACCCUUCACCUCGUCCUCCGUCUCCGUGGUGGCAUGCAGAUCUUCGUUAAGACCCUCACUGGCAAGACAAUCACCCUCGAGGUCGAAAGCUCCGACACCAUCGACAACGUGAAAACUAAGAUCCAGGACAAGGAAGGAAUCCCCCCAGACCAGCAGAGGUUGAUCUUCGCCGGCAAGCAGCUCGAGGACGGCCGCACCCUCGCUGACUAUAACAUCCAGAAGGAGUCAACUCUUCACUUGGUGUUGCGUCUUCGUGGUGGUAUGCAGAUCUUCGUGAAGACCCUUACAGGAAAGACCAUCACCCUCGAGGUCGAAAGCUCGGACACCAUUGAUAACGUGAAGGCUAAGAUCCAGGACAAGGAGGGAAUCCCCCCAGACCAGCAGAGGUUGAUCUUCGCCGGUAAGCAGCUCGAGGAUGGAAGGACCCUUGCGGACUAUAACAUCCAGAAGGAGUCAACCCUUCACCUUGUCCUCCGUCUGAGGGGAGGUAUGCAGAUCUUCGUGAAGACCCUCACGGGUAAGACUAUUACCCUUGAGGUGGAGAGUUCGGACACUAUUGAUAAUGUGAAGGCCAAGAUCCAGGAUAAGGAGGGUAUUCCCCCGGACCAGCAGAGGUUGAUCUUCGCUGGGAAGCAGCUUGAGGAUGGAAGGACCCUUGCUGACUAUAACAUUCAGAAGGAGUCCACCCUCCACCUUGUCCUCCGUCUCAGGGGAGGAAUGCAGAUUUUCGUUAAAACUCUCACGGGUAAGACCAUUACCUUGGAGGUGGAGAGCUCGGACACCAUUGACAAUGUGAAGGCGAAAAUCCAGGACAAGGAAGGCAUCCCACCGGACCAGCAGAGGUUGAUCUUUGCAGGGAAGCAGCUGGAGGAUGGGAGGACCCUUGCCGACUACAAUAUUCAGAAGGAGUCCACCCUUCACCUUGUCCUGCGUCUUCGUGGGGGUUUUUAAGCUUGUGGGUGAUUUCUGUGUGAUGAUGGAUGGUUCCAAACAUUUCAACAACUCAUGUGUACUGGGUCUCUAUUGACCCGUAAAAAUAAGUUUGGUUUAUAUUGGACUCUUGUUAUCUCGUUAAUGCUAUCGUACUUUUCUUAUCUACCAUUGCAAUGAGUGAAUUUGUGAUAUAUUAUUAUUAUUAUUA